AUGGCGGAAACCAAUGAUGCUUUAGUCGCUGUAGGCAAGGAAAAUGUUCUUAACUACUGUAAACAAGUUAUUGGAGGUAUUUGGGAAAAAGCUGAUUUAACUAACGUACAAUUUGAGACGGUCAGACUAUCAGAAAAUUUGCAAUCGACCAAUAAUAAUGAACCUGAAAAGGUACUGAUUAGAGUCUAUGGAGAAACAGCCGCCAAGGGCCAACUUUUACUGCAAGAGUCAGUAAUAGUUUCGUUACUGGGUGAAAUAAAACUAGCUCCGAAGAUAUAUGGAUUCUUUCCUGGUGGUCGAUUUGAAGAAUUUCUUAAUGGAAGAACGUUAAAGACUAGCGAACUACAACUUCAGAAUGUUUCAGAGAAAAUGGCGGUCUGUUUCGCAAAUUUGCAUCAGGCAUGCAUGCCAAUUUCUAAGAAACCAACCUGGUCCUCUGAUUUUAUAGACCGUCUAUUUGAUUCUGCAACUACCAUAACAUUUAAUGACAAAAAUAAACAAGCUAGAUAUGAAGAAAUUUUAUCCUAUGACCUUGCUGCCCGGAGAGACGAAAUUCGGGAUAUUCUACAAGCGUGCAAUUCGGAGGCAUGCUUCUGCCAUAAUGACCUGCAAGAAAAUAAUAUCAUCGUGUGUGGAGAUCCAACAUCAGCUGAUGCUUCGUUUCAUUGCAUAGACUUUGAAUAUGGCGGCUAUAACUACAGUGCUUUCGAUCUUGCAAAUUACUUUUGCGAAUGGUGCUACGAUUACAAUUGCGAUAAGCCUCCUUACUUCACAUAUUGCUUGGACGACUAUCCUUCAGACAAGCAACAGAUACAUUUUCUUUCAUGCUACCUAAAAAAGCAAUAUCAGUUAAAGAAAGUUCUAGUAGACGAAAAGACCCUAUCUUCGGAGCUAAGAAAAUUACAAUUGGAAGUUAACAGGUUAGCCCUAGCUUCUCAUCUUCUUUGGACUAUCUGGGCCUGUGUUCAAGCAAAAAUGUCAAACAUAGAGUUUGGAUAUUUGGAAUAUUCUCUUGCCCGUUUAAAGGGUUAUAUGAGACAGAAAAAUAGACCAAAUCUGUGGUAA